AUGCCCAAUUUGGAGCAACUUAAACAGCAGCGCGCUAAUCUGCGUCGAAACAUAUCGCGCAUUCGCAAUUCUGUCGACACAAAACUUGCAAUUUCGUCCGCUGAAUUGAAUUGUCGUUUGGCUAUAUUAGAGGCCUACUUUAAGCAAGUUAUGACAGUUCAGACCGAAAUUGAGCAGCUGGAUCCAGACGAAGCAGAGCGUGAGACCAGAGGAGAAAUAGAAGAUACGUACGUCGCUAUCAAGGUGUGCAUUAAUGAGCAGCUAGGUUCAGAUGCCCACAAUUUGACUGUUGCUGACUCAGUUCAUUGCGCUUCUCACUCAACUUCUAUGAAGCUGCCACGUCUGUCACUACCAGUUUUUGAUGGAAAAUACUCCGACUAUAAAAACUUUAUAACAUCGUUUAAGUUAGUCGUUGAUAAGCAGUCUACUUUGUCAUCCAUCGAAAAGUUCAAUCAACUAAUCAAUUGCUUACGUGGCCCGGCCUUAGAAACUGUCAAGGCUUUUCAAAUCACUUCGAAAAAUUAUUCAAAGGCGCUGGAACGCCUCAAGGCCCGCUACGAUAACACUGGUCUACAAGGUGUUUCAAGGUCAAAUGCGAAACAGCUUCGUAGCCUGAUCGACAACUCAUCAGCCUUGUACAAUUCAUUGUUGUCACUGGGUAAUGCAUCGCAAAUUGCUGAGGCUAUGCUCAUCUCCAUCGUUAUGGAAAGGGUGGAUCAAGACACCAAAAAGAAAUGGAAUGAGCAUUUGAACUUCAGCGAUCUUCCUACAUGGACAUCCUGCGUUUCGGUUGUCGAACGACAUUGCCAAUUCUUGGAGUCAAUAAGUAAGCCCGGUACCGAUAGUAGCGCGAGUCAGCAAGCUAUUGCUGGUAUGUCUUCGUCUUCACCGCAACUCCCUGAAGUACCACAGAAGAACUCAGAAGCAGCUGUUCACACUCACACCGGCUUGAAUCGAAUAAUUUUAGCCACAGCUUUGGUUCUGGUCAAGGAUGCGUCAGGCUGUUAUAAAAUUAGUCGUGCGCUCCUAGACUCUUGUUCACAAGUCAAUUUCGUAUCGGAUCAAUUCGCACAGGCUCUCGGAUUACCUCGCAAACGAAGCCAUAUGGAAAUUCGCAGCAUUGGAGAAUCCCAGACUCAGAUAAAACAUCGAACGUCUACAACAAUCAAGUCACGUUUUGGAGAAUUCGAACUACCGCUAGAUUUCUGUGUUACUUCGAAUAUUGCAUAUCAUCCAGACACAGAAAUUGAUAUCUCAUCAUGGAAGCUGCCUCAAAAUACUCCGUUGGCCGACGAAGGGUUCAACAAAGCUCGUCCUAUUGAUUUGCUGUUAGGGACAGAAGCAUUUUUCGACAUCUUAUCCAUUGGCCAAGUCAGGCUUGGUGUAAAUAUGCCAGUGUUGCAGAAGACGGUCCUUGGAUGGGUAGUUUCGGGCCGUUGUCAAACCGGCUCCACCACAUCACACAGUUACUCGAUUUCCAUGGACGAAGUCAUCAACAACAACAUAGAACGCCUGUGGCGCAUUGAAGAGGUUAACACUUCUGUUGACAUUUACACUCCAGAGCAGCGCAGUUGUGAAGAGGCUUUCAAAAACACCGUUCGCCGACAACCUGAUGGCCGAGUGGUAGUUCGCCUCCCAUUCAAAGAUGAUCCUGGUUUGUUAGGUCACUCGUAUGAAAUUGCCCGUAAACGUUUUGAAGCUCUUGAGCGCCGCUUGAGCCGCACAUCAGAUGUGAAAAGGCAAUACGCAGAUUUUAUGUUAGAGUACGAACAGUUGGGCCAUAUGAGCUUGGUGACAACACCGAAGUUGGAUGUCCCACAUUUUUACAUACCGCACCACUGCGUACUCAAGCCCAACAGUACCACUACGAAAUUAAGAGUGGUUUUCGAUGCCUCUUGUCAGACAACGACACAAAGGUCUCUGAACGAUUUACUAAUGGUCGGACCGACCAUACAGCCCGACUUGUACACGUUACUUCUACGCUUCCGUACAUAUCGUUAUGCAAUUACCGCCGAUGUCGUCAAGAUGUUCAGACAGAUUCUUGUCGACCCCCAUGAUCGCAAGUUUCAAUAUAUACUUUGGAGAAGUACACCCGAUCAACCAUUACGCACAUUUGAACUGAAUACAGUCACUUAUGGGACUGCUACCGCGCCAUAUCUCGCUAUACGUAGCAUGCAAUACUUAGCUGAGCAAUGCAUGGACGAGUUCAAGGUAGGAGCCGAGGCUAUAAAAUCAUCCUUCUACGUUGAUGAUUUCAUUUGUGGAGCUAACACGUUGGAAUGCCUUCAUCAAAUCAAAACGGAGGUAAUUGAGAUACUUCGUCGUGGUAGAUUUGAGCUAGCGAAAUGGCACUCGAACUAUAGCGAGUUUGUUAAUGACCGUACGAUUAAAGAUCUUAACUUAGAAGACGAUUCAGUAACCAGCACUCUGGGCUUAAGGUGGGAUCAACGAGAAGACGUCUUUAUGUUUGCAUUUGUACUCAAGCGCACAUCACAUGCUGUCACGAAGCAGUCUAUACUAUCAAUUGCUUCGUCUCUCUUUGACCCGUUGGGCUUGGUGUCACCUAUCAUCAUACUUGCAAAAAUACUUAUACAAGAGCUUUGGUUGCUAAAAUUACAGUGGGAUGAGUCAGUUCCGCACAACAUUCACACCGCAUGGACAUCGUUCCUCUCAUCGCUUUCAUCGUUGGAAUCGCUAACUAUACCGCGCUAUUGCCUUCAACCCAGCGUUCAGAGCCUUCAGUUGCACGGCUUCUGUGAUGCCUCAAUUAGGGCUUAUGGAUGCUGUAUAUAUGCACGCACAGUUGACCCUAGCGGUGAAGUCAAGGUCACGUUGAUUACAUCCAAGUCGAGAGUCGCCCCAACGAAGAAACUGUCAUUGCCCAAAUUGGAAUUAUGCGGUGCUCAUUUGCUGUCACAACUUUACGCUAAAAUAAAGGUGAAUUUCGGCGAUACCCAAUAUACAACGUAUCUAUGGAGCAAUUCACAAAUCGUUCUACACUGGAUUCAACAGCAUUUCGCCGCACUAUCUACGUUCGUAGGAAAUCGUAUUUCUGAAAUACAACAAAAAAACAUCUUGUUGCGAAUGGAAAUACGUUUCAACGCACUAUAA